CCCAAUCGAAGCGCUGGUGCUAAACCCGCCUUGUUCAAUGACGGAGAUAAUUUCUCUUAACCAACAUGCUAAUUGGAAAUCCUGCUACUCCCAUUAUGAAAACUAUGUAAUCUGAUGGUCUUGCAUAGCGAAUAACACGGAAAAAAUGAGGAUCUGUAUCAAUAACCUAAUAGACUAUUGGUAUAAGUGUUUCUAAGUGGUUUUUAUACCGGGAAUUCUGUAUGAAGCUUCUUUGCUGAUACCAUAAAUAUUGUCCGUGGUCGAGAUAAUGUUCGACAAUAAAAUGGAGACUGAUUUAUUUAAAAUAGAUGAAAAAGAUGUACAUAUUAUUUCAAGGAAAAGGAACUAUGAUGAAGGUGCUCCUGUUGAAGAAAGAGAUUUUUCUAAAGAGGACAAAUUAAAUCCUAUGAAAAGAAUGAAUGACAUUUUAGAUGAUUCUGGAGUACUUUCAGAUGCUAGUUUUUCAGAUCUUGGGGUUGAUGAAGCAGUGUUUGUUCGUACACGGCGACCUGUAGCGAAAUUGGACGAUGAGAAAUUAUUGUCUCCUAAAGGUCUUGUAUGGAUUUUUCAUAAUGCACCGCAGAAAAUCUGUUGGAAGGGAAGGGGUCAUGAAUUUUAUGAUUUAAGACGUCUUUUAUUAUUUUAUCAGGUUUGGGCACAUGAAUUGUUUCCAAAAGCUAGAUUCCGUGAGAUACUUCGAAUGAUUCAGAAACAUGGCCAUUCAAAGCGAAUUAGAGUGGCUCGUUUACAAUGGAUUCGUAUGAACCGUGAGGAAUUGGUUCGUUCUGAGGAUGCUUCUGAGAUUAGAAGAGAUGAAUUGGAAAUAAAUGAGCAUAUGUUUGAUAAAAAGGUUAAAGAAAUAGAAGAUAUCUAG